AUGACGAGACCCGACGUCGCGUUCGCGGCAAGCCGUCUCGCGCGCUUUAACCAGAAUCCCGGGCCGAAACACCAACGCGCAGCGGACAGAGCGCUCGCCUACCUCUAUUCCACCCGCUACCUCUGCCUCGAAUACGGCUGCGAACCCGGCAGCGAGGAAGACACGCUUAUCGUGGCGUCAGAUGCCAGCUUCGCAGACAACUCCCUGGAUCGGAAGAGCUCUCAGGCGCUCGCUAUGAAGCUAUUCGGCAGGCUCGUUGCGUGGCGCGCUAACAAACAGGCCACGGUCACCACAUCUACGACGGAAGCUGAGCUGCUAUCCCUCUCGCAAGCAGCAAAGGAAGCGCUAUUUGCAAGCCGCCUGAUCUCCGCGCUAAACGUAUACCUUCCAACAGAAGAAGCGCCGGAAGCGACGUUUCCCGCAGAAAAGCGCAACGUACCCACGAUUCAGAUCCAAUGCGACAACUUACAGACCGUUCGACUGGUGACAACGGAUCUAGUGACCCUUCAGACGCGCUUACGGCACGUGGAUAUUCACAACCACUGGCUACGACAAGAGGUCGCAGCGAAGCGCGUAUCCGUGGCAUACACACCGUCGUCAGAGCUUAUGGCAGACGGUCUGACGAAGAGUCUCGCGCUCCCACAGUUCCGCGAGUUCCGGAAGCAGGUCCGUAUAAGCGAACAGGCAGAGCUCCUGAAGCGGAAUCGGAGACGCGAAUUAGAAGAAGACGAAGAAGCGUGGGCCAAGAGAGCCGCGCAGGAAGACGUCUGGGCGGUCGAAGACCACGAGAAGCGCGCUCCGAGUGCCACGGGAAGCUCGUGA